AGUUGCUGUGCGAUCCCCCUGUUAUAGUGGACCCGUACAUGAAACUUACGUGUCCCGAAGGUUUUAUAUACGGAUCGAGCUGUAACCUGUCAUGUCGUGGAAGUUACCCUCUCAUAGGAAAUGAUCAGAUGUAUUGUGACAGGAACUCAACCAAUUCAAGGUCCACGUACUGGAACUGGGGAAAUGGUCCAAAGCCUUAUUGUAAACAAAACAAUUGUCCCUCGCUUGCCGCUCCAGCUCACGGAGCUCUGACUUGCGACAAGUGGACCUACGGAAGGCAGUGUAUGCUGCACUGUAACGACCAUUACGACAUUCCCGCGGCAGCAGGGGGAGGAAGUGUCGCCAGGUUUACUGGACAAUUCACUUGUUCCACUAGUUCUGGAAAAUGGAGCCCUGUUGAAUCAGUUCCUGGUUGCUCAGUUCGGCGAGAUCCGUCGAAUUUCGUUUUGCCGGCUGAGGUGUACUACUAUUCUGGAUCAUGUAAUGACAACAAAACACAAGACACCAUCAAGGCACAUUUCAUUCAAGAGAUGCAGACAUUACAAUCAGAUCCUGGAUGGCAGGGAAUCUGUCCUAACACACAUGACUGUAAUGUCCAUAACGUGGACAUCACUUGUGGCACUACUCGUAGACGUCGUGGUAGUCAGUACAUCAGACGAAGACGUCAGUCACAACAGGCAUCCAUUCUGUUGUCAUUUGAUAUAAAGCUCAAAUGGAAAACACUUGGGAAUUCUAGCUUGGAUACUUAUCAUCGCUUUGAUACUCUUGCUAAAGGCCUAGGGUCAAUUAUAGAGAAUAAAGCAAGAUCAGGAUCAUUAGAUGUUCCUGUGUCUUCCCUGGAUACUGAUUCCUUGCAGUUUGGGCAACUCGGAAUACGGUGUGAGCCAGGCAGAUAUCCUCGUCUUACCACCAUUUCAUGCGCAUCGUGUCCAUUGGGAUCAACGUACGAUUUUACGGUAAGGAAGUGUGUCCUUUGCCCGAAAGGAAUGUUCCGCGACAAUGACGACCAUGUGACUUGUUCAUCAUGCCCCUUGGGAAUGUCGACACCCUCCAAUGGAACUGUCAACUCUACCGAAUGUCGUCCAAUUUGCAAGAAAGGUUAUUACUCCCUGGAUGGAAUAGAACCAUGUACUCCCUGUUCUCGACUGGAGUACGGCCCCAGCACCUUUGCAACCAAAUGUGAAAAAUGUAUAAGGGGCAUGAUGACAAAUUCAUCAGCAAGUACACAAGCUUCAGACUGCUUAG